AUGAUUCCAAGGUUCUUUGUUAUGCUACUGCUGAUUGCGACGUCCAAAGCGCACGUCAUUAUCAAUGACGAUACCCAAUGGGAGAAGGUAGAAUUUUUAGUUGGCACAUUGGCGAAGACAACUGCCACAAUUGAGGAAUUGAAGAAAGCGACCCCCGUGAUAAGCCCACUACCGAAACCCACUGCUACCUAUGCUGUCGACGUGGAGGCCGACAUCGUAUCGUCAGCACAGGUGCUAAAGCUAAAGGGUAAAGGUGAGGGCAAGAAACUAGAAUUGACCAUGCCCUUCACCGGUACAUGCCCUACAGGCUCUGCUUCGUGGAUGUCACACUCUGUUACGGUGAUUCUCGCCAGCCUGGCCGUCGUGCACGUCCUGCAGUAG